AUGUACGGGAACCACAACUACGAUCCCCAUGGCGGCCAGUUCUACGGCCAGCAGUCGGGCCACCAGUCCAUGAGCCACCAGGCCGUCGCCACCGCCCAGCAGCAGUAUCACAACCGCCUCGCCGGCGCCCACACCAACGCCGCCGCCACCGGCCUCAAUGCCGCCGUCCACGUCCAGGAGGGCUCCAGCCUCGAGGGCAACGUGUCCGAGGACAACCGCCGCACCCUGGCCUACGUCGCCGACCUGCUCAAGGAGAGCACCCGCGAGGCCGCCCUCCUCGAGCUGAGCAAGAAGCGCGAGCAGGUCCCCGAGCUGGCCCUGAUCCUGUGGCACUCUUUCGGCGUCAUGACCUGCCUGACCCAGGAGAUCAUCUCCGUCUACACCCUGCUCAACCCGUCGCAGCUCACUGCCGCCGCCUCCAACAGAGUCUGCAACGCCUUGGCUCUGCUCCAGUGCGUUGCUAGCCACAACGACACCCGAACCCUCUUCCUGAAGGCCCACAUCCCGCUGUAUCUCUACCCUUUCCUGAACACGACGUCCAAGUCUCGACCCUUUGAGUACCUGCGCCUCACGUCGCUGGGCGUCAUCGGCGCCCUCGUCAAGAACGACUCCACCGAGGUCAUCAACUUUCUCUUGACCACCGAGAUAAUUCCUCUGUGCCUGAGAAUCAUGGAGACCGGGUCCGAGUUGAGUAAGACUGUUGCCAUCUUCAUCGUUCAGAAGAUCUUGCUUGACGACAGCGGUCUGAACUACAUCUGCGCCACCUACGAGCGCUUCUACGCCGUCGGCACCGUCCUGAGCAAUAUGGUUGCCCAGCUUGUCGAGCAGCAGACGGCGCGCCUGUUGAAGCACGUCGUCCGCUGCUUCCUGCGCCUCAGCGACAAUGCCCGCGCCCGCGAGGCCCUUCGCCAGUGCCUGCCCGAGCCCCUCCGCGACGCCACCUUCUCGUCUGUCCUGCGCGAUGACGCUGCCACUAAGCGAUGCUUGGCUCAGCUACUCAUCAACCUGUCGGACUCGGUGGUCGACGCUUCCAACAACCACUCAGUCAUCUAG